GAAUAACACGAGAAAAGAGAUCACGACCGUAAGGCGUCAUCGAAGACUUCGAGGGAAUGGAAUGGUCGACUCGAAUUUUGGUCGUGUGCAGUUGAAAAGCCUGUCGGGAAAACACGUCUUCUGACUAGACCGGAUUCAUAUACGCUUGUCGACUUCAGAAGAACAUCUAUGCGGCCAGAAAAAACAUCACUGUGCUGCAUAACUCACAAUGUACACACAAUCACCGUCACCUCCCUCGCUUGCCCUUCCGCCUCCCUCCGGGGCACCUCCCUUCUCGGCGGUUACAUGGGAGCCUGCCUCGACCGAGGGCUAUACUCGUGAAUGGAAGCCGAAGAAUCAUUUCGAGUUAGAUGGUGGCUGGAGGUCGAUGGGAGGACGGCAGGCUGGGUCGGCCUUAAGUUACUAAGCGCACUAGGACCUCUCAUGCGUUUGAGAACAUAUGAGGAUCUGCUGUACACGGAACGCCAGCGGUCGGGAUAAGUCAACGCGGCCGCUAUCAAUUCGUUCUCGGAAAAUGCGACUGGUCCGACUCCACCAUAAACGUACGGUGUUAUGGGCGUCUACUUAUGCGGCUUCAGUGAUUGUCAUCGACAUCGAUCGAGCGGGAUGACGGAGUGGUAAGUAAAAGCCCGUCGCGGUGAAUGGGACGCGUGCAUACGGCCUGUAGGCUGUGGACGCG